GACGGUUUUCCCUGAAGCUGGAAUGUGCAGCUGGACUCUCAGCAGGGAAUGUGCAUGCAGUGAGAAGUGAUUCCUCCCUUACAAUUAUCUGAAGAUGGACAAAUCACUCGGCCUGAUCUUCCUGUUGAUCUGUGUGGGGUUAGUGGGUCACAUGACACACGCCGCUUUCAUGGAGAAACUGGCAAACUCUAAGAUCUGUGCAGACAAGGACUGUUCAUACGUGAUUUCAAUGGCUCAAGCUCUUGAAGACUAUGUGGCUUCAGACUGCAGAUACAUCAACCUGAGACGUGGCCAGAUGAUCUAUGUGUUUUCUAAACUCAAGCCUGCAGAGGGAGCCGGAGUCUUCUGGUCUGGAAGUGUCUACGGUGAGCGCUAUGUGUACCAGAUGGGUGUGAUUGGAUAUUUCCCCAGUAACUAUGUCAAUGAGACACAUGUUUUUCAGAAGAAAACGGUUGAGAUCCCAACCACUGGCAUGGACUUCUUCUGUGCUUGAAGAAAGCAACUUACACUACCGUUUCGACUCUGAGGCCAUUGUCCAUAGCUCACAACAAUAUUCAAAUAGGCCUAGUUUUGUCUUCAAAACUUAUUUUAAUCUACUUCCUAGUUUCUGUAAAGUAAAAUAAGUCACUAAAAUAAUACUAAUUAAAAUAAGAGCUUAACUUUCUUUAGGGAUCACACUCUUUAUAACUUAUUAUUUUACACAACUUUUCCAGUCGUUUGUAAUAAGAAUAAAGGAUUGAGGUUUUAAA